UCAGAUACGUUUGGAAAGAGAAACGGGUGAAAACUGUGUGGAGUUUAAUGAGAUGGCUUGAAGGAAUCACGAAGCGUCGUGUUCGGAUGUGAGUGGCCUAAUUUAGCUUCGGUUCCGGACAGUUAUUUCCGCCGAGUCACGGCCAGACGGCGGUAAGAUCAGAGUAAACGUUUGAGGAUCAGUCAUGGCCUGUGCUGUUGUGCCGCUGGAUCAGCAACAGGUGACAGAGUCUGGCCCUUUAGGAAAGGAACGCAUUCUGCCUGCACUGCACCCUGACAGAAAGGAGGAGCGCUGUUUCGUGCCUUAUAAACCUCCCCCAGAAGAUGGCUCUCCCGCUGAGGUGGAGGAGUUCUUGGAACAUGCCAGAUUCAUAGCAGAGGAUCUAGAAUGGCUGCUCGCGCUGCCUCACGACAAGUUCUGGUGUCAGGUGGUGUUUGAUGAGUCCCUGCAGAAGUGUCUUGACUCGUACCUCCACCACGCUCCACGUGGCCUUGAUGUUGCCACACUGCCUCUGUCGCCAGCGGUGGCUGAUGUGCAGCGUGCCGUUCACAAGGCAGUUUUCUUGACCUUCCUUCGAAUGGCCACGCACAAAGAAUCCAAGGAACACUUCUUCACCCCAGCUGUGUUUGGCGAGAUUAUCUACGACAACUUCUUGUUCGACAUUCCAAAAAUUCUGGAUUUGUGUGUGCUCUUCGGAAAGGGCAACACCCAGCUGCUUCAUAAAAUGAUAGAGAACAUUUUUACUCAGCAGCCAGCCUACUACAACGACCUGGAUGAGACACUCCCCACAGUGUUACAAGUGUUUCACACAAUCCUCGACAAGUGUGGUCUUCAAUGUGAAGGGGCCACGGCUAUGGAGCCAAUGAAGCUGACUGCAGAGAAACAGCCCACUGCCAUGAGCAUGAACCUGGAGGAACUUGGAGAUGUAAUUUUGUACCUGUGCGACUCUACCACCACCAUCCACGCCUUCCUGGACAUCUUCCCUGCUGCCUGCUCCAGCUUCCACUCCCACGGUUUCCUCGGCAGACUGCCGUCGUUCUAUGAGGUUGCCGUGCCCGAGUUGGAGAAAGCCAUCAGGAAGAGAAACUUUGAUAAAAGUCUGCAGGAAGACCUGUGGAAGAGGCUGAGUCACUCUUGUCGGAAGAUGGUGGAGACAACUCACCUGUUGCUGCACCACACCUGCCUGCAGCCCAUCCUGGAGGGCCGAGAAAACAAGCAAACAUUUGCGGAGGAACUCCUGCAGUAUUUCACAUCUUUUUUACCAGAGAAAAGGUUUUUAGUUGACUACGACGAGCAGUUUCCCAUCGCAGACGACAUCAGCCUCCUACAACAAGCUCUACCUGUCAUUGAUGAGACAAGGACGUCUUAUUUGCUCCAGGGGGUUGAAAGUGCCUGGGACAGCACGGGUCGUCGAAGACCACAUUGCCACAUUCAGAAUAAUGGAGCUUCCUCGUUUUCAACCAAUCAGGGAGCAGCAGGUGGUACAGCUGCCUCUUCAGACAGCUUUGGGCCUCAGGAGGUCAAAGAGUCGAGGGGAGAGGUGGGAGAUAAGCCGAGGGGGGCUGAGGCAACGAUAAACGACCCACAGAGAGGAAACAAUGGUGCCGUGUGUCCUGUGAGUGGGCCGGAGCUCGAGUCUCUCCUGUCCUGCAUCGGGGACCUGCUUCCUGACCUGGGUGAAGGCUUCCUGUUGGCAUGCCUGCAGGAAUACAACUACAACUCUGAGCUGGUCAUCAACAACAUCCUGGAGGACCGCUUGGCCCCUGACCUGGAAAAACUGGACCGAGCCAUGCCAAGACCGGUGAAAGAGGAGCUUCCAGCUGUUCUGAACAACCGAUCCAACGUGUUCGAUGAUGACGAGUUUGACGUCUUCCGUAGGGAACGGGUGGAUAUGUCCCGCAUCUGGAAGGGCAGAAGGAAAGGCGAGGACACUCGAGAGAUGCUGAACGACAAGCAGCACAUAGCAGAGCAGCGAGCUCGUUAUCAGGCUUAUGAAACCGUGGUGGAUGAAGUCGUCGUUGAACCGGGAGACCCCGCGGGCGACGCCUACGACCUGGACGAUUAUGACGAUGAGUACGACGACACCUACGACAUGAACCAGGUUGGAGCCAACGACCUGGAUGGAGACAGUUUACUCAACAGAAGGCCUUUCACAGUCCCACAGGUACUUAGAAAAGGAACCAAAGUAGAGCAUGAGGAACAGGAAGAAGAUGAAGACGAAGACGUUUCACAGAACCAUGUAAACCGGGACCAUUUCGUGCAGGACCCGGCUCUGCUGAGGGAGAGGGCAGAAGCUAAACGAGCUGCCGUGCAGCAGAAGAAAAGCGUUCACACCGAGCGCCCCAGUAACGUGGUGGGUCGACCCAAAGGCCGAGGACAAACUGCGGAGACGUUCCUGGACCGACGCAAAAAGGAGGCCAACAAGAGCCGUGUGAGCAACCACAACCGGCGCACCAUGGCAGACCGGAAGAGGAACAAAGGCAUGAUUCCCUCCUGACCUGAGUGAAGGUACUGGUGGGAAGACGGAGAGCCAGAGGAGGUCCGACUGAUCGUGUUUUGGUUUGAUACUGGUGGCGAUCAGCCCUGAAGAAGCUGUGGAUAUCCCCCUAGGUUUUUGGUAGUUCUGAAAAAGUUUCUCUUGUUUUCAAACCAUCUUUAACAUUUUUGCUUUGUGUUGCCUAAAGCCGCCGAGCAGCUUGUUGAAUUAUUUGAGACCAGAGCCACCUGACUUAGUUCAGCACUGAAAACUGAGUGAUUUUCUUUCAUGGUUCCUUAAAAUGAUAAACAAUUAGACUUUUAUUUUUGCCAAGUAACAAAUCGGUUUAUUAUUACAAUCCAAAGAUGUAAACAAACAGACAUUAGGGGAUUUUGAAGGGACAGCAGCUUUCUGGAAGAACAUUCGCCAUCCAAACGAUCGAAUGUGGACAUGAGCAGCAGGUGGAGCUGCUCCUGCUGUUCUCCCUGAACACGAGAACCUGGUCAGCAGAUUACAUCUAGGAGCCUCCACCACUUCUGCUCACAGACAAAAGGAAUGUGCUCCAUGAGGGUCGCACUGGAAGCACAGGCAGGAAUAAGAUCCUGCUUCAUGUUGCCAUGCACAAACUAUUUUCUAUGUAGAGCCCAUCUAUCUGCCAGAAGAUUUUGUAACAAAACAAAUUAUUACUAUUUUGGAGUUGCCCAAAAACAAGCUGAUAAUAAAUAAAACAAUGGUUUUGA